AUGGCAAUAUCACCUCCUCAUCCGCUGGAUCCUUUGACUCCUCAGGAGAUCUCUGCAACGGCGCAACAUGUCCGUAAAGCGUUCCCUGACAGCGAGGCAUACUUCAGGGUGAUCACCCUUGCAGAACCGCCAAAGGAGGAGAUGAUGGUUUUCCUAGACGCCGAACACGAGGGACAACCGGUAGGCAAGAGGCCCGCCCGGCUGGCGACUGUCCAGGUGUUCUUUGGCGCAAAGCGAGACAGCGAGCACUUCUACGAGCUCAAGGUCAACGUGGACUCUGGAGAGAUCGUCCACAAGGAGCAACUCGCCGGUCGACACCCGCAUGUUGAUGGCAACGAUAUGGUCAAGACCGAGACAGCAUGCCUCAAUGAUCCGCGAGUGCAAGCUGCAAUCAAGGACAUGCAGCUCCCCGACGGUGCUGUCGUCAAGAUCGAGCCGUGGACGUAUGCCACGGACGGGAUGAACGACAUGAGCCAGAAGAUCACGAUGUGCUACUUCUACAUGCGUCUCCUGGACCACCCUGACGCGAACCACUACGCCUACCCCCUGGACCUGUGCGUCGAGAUGUCCGGCUCCGCCGAGGUGCUCAAGAUCUACUACCUCCCGGCCUCGGCGUCGGGUGGGCCAACCACAAACGCCACUCCCUACGACCGCUCCAAAAUCUUCGGCGCAGAGAUCGAAUACCACCCGGACGUGGCGCCGCCGCGCCGCACCACAACAAAGCCAUACCACGUCUCUCAGCCCGAAGGCCCCUCGUUUGCGACACGUGGCAAUUUGGUGCAGUGGGAGAAAUGGCACAUCCGCGUGGGCUUCAACUACCGCGAAGGCCUGACGCUGCACGACGUGCGCUACGACGGCCACUCGCUCUUCUACCGGCUCAGCCUGUCCGAGAUGUUCGUGCCGUACGGGGACCCUCGCACGCCGUACGCCCGCAAAGCGGCGUUCGACCUGGGCAACGACGGGGCCGGGUGCAACGCCAACAACCUCCAGCUCGGCUGCGACUGCCUGGGCCACAUCAAAUACUUUGACGGCUGGCACGUCACGUCCUCGGGCGAUGCGAUCAAGAUCCCCAACGCGGUCUGCUGCCACGAAGUCGACGACGGGAUUCUGUGGAAACACACCAACUUCCGCACGGGCAACGGCGUCGUCGUCCGCAGCCGGGUGCUCGUCCUGCAGACCAUCAUCACCGUCAGCAACUACGAGUACAUCUUUGCGUUUCACUUCGGCAUGGACGCCAGCCUGCAGUACGAGGUGCGCGCCACGGGGAUCGUGUCGACCGUGCCGAUCCCCGUCGGGGGCGCCGUGCCGUUCGGGACUACCGUCGCCCCCGGCGUCAUGGCGCCGUAUCACCAGCAUUUAUUCUGUCUGCGGAUCGACCCCGCGGUCGGCGGCUGGCGGAACUCCCUCCUCGUCGAGGAAAGUCACCCGUUGCCGGUUGACAACGCGCAGCCGCCUCACAAUACCACUACCAUCCCGAAUCCCUUCCGCAUAGGAUACACGACGCGUGGCGACAUUGUCGACCGAGAAUGCGGCCUCGCUCUCGACCACACCGUCAACAGGGUCUUCAAGAUCGUCAACGAGGCCGUGCUCAACCCUGUCACCAACACCCCCAUCGCAUACAAGCUGACCCCCUAUUACAGCCAGCUCCUUUUGGCGGAUGCGUCCUCGUACCAUGCCAAGAGGUCCGAGUUCGCCGCCCACCCCGUCUGGGUCACGCGGUACCACGACGACGAGCUCUUCGCGAGCGGCAAGCAUACGAUGCAGUCGCUAGGCGGGGAAGGGAUCGCCAGCUGGAUUGACGGCCGCAAGCACGGCUCCUCGUCCCCAUCGGCCUCGUCCGUCCGCAACGAGGACAUCGUCGUCUGGCAUACCUUUGGGUCGACGCACAAUCCGCGCGUGGAAGAUUGGCCCGUCAUGCCGUGUGAGAAGAUGAGCGUGGGACUCAAGCCCGUCAAUUUCUUCACGCGUAACCCGGCCAUGGAUGUGCGGCCGAGUUGUCAGGCGGUGAAUCGGAGUGUCUUGGUCGACGGUGAGGCGGGGUGCCACGGCAAUGGUGGUGAUGGGCAAGUCAUGGAGAAUGGGGUGGUUGUGGCCGACGCGCAAAAUGGGCAUGGGAGUGGGGCAUUGUUCGAAUAA